AUGUCUUCAAUAUUGUCGUGCCAAAACGAUCAAUACUCAUUGUUUCAAGGGAGGGGAACAAUCAAUUGUUAGAGCUCGACUUGUGGGCAGUUCUCCGCAUGCAAUAGCUUACUUGUCUCAGGCAAACCCACUGGACAGGUAGGCUGCUGCAGAGAGGGAGUUUUAUAUCCGAAUGCAGUUUCUAUCAUCGUGUACAUUUUGAUUAUCCCCAUCAUCGGAAUUGGCAGUCUUGGAGCAUUGGGAGGCGGUGUUGUCAAACGCCCUUUUUUAGAGGCCAUUCUAAAUUUUAAUUCCUCCACCUCUGGAGAUAUCACUGCGUGUCUAAUGUUCGGUGCACAAUUGGUGAAUCAAGUCAUUAUCUUUUUUUAAAGUCAUCCCGACACUCCAGAACGCCCUUUAGUUAAUUUCGAGAUAGGAUUGGUUUAUGCCUUGGGAAUACCAAUUUCGAUGCAAGUAGGAAUGGAGUUGGCAAACUAUUUACCACUUUUACCUUUGUUGACUCUAUAAAUGCUUUUUUUCUUGAUAAUUUGCCCAGUGCUAUUAUAUUUCGCAAAAUCUGAACAAAAAGUGGAACACGACAAAGAAGUGAACAACGAAAUGCAGCAAUCCUCGAUUAUCACAAUAGAGUAGUAGAUCAAGGGCAACAUAAUUGAAGAACAAAGAAUGGCUGAAUUAUUCAAAUAGCUCCAAGAAGAAUCAUGUUCUAGAUUUCCUUUGGUGCCAAUCCUCUUGGCUUUUGGGAACUUCGCAGUCAAUGAAUUAAUAAUUUUAUUAAGGACAACCUCCUAUCAAACAUCGCCAUAUUUCUACCCCAACGACCAAGAUGCGGACAGUAAAUAUUCUGCUUGUGAGCCAUGGAACUUUUACAUGAUGAUUCUCUUAUUUGGAGCAAACCUCAUAAUAACAGUGUGGGUGUUAUUCUAUAUGAGAAAAAAAGAACUGCUAAAAAAUACGGUGAAUUUCAACAUGAACGAACGUUAUUUCACCCCAAUAUCUAGAUUCUUUAUGAUCUAUGGUGCAGGAUGGGCCACAGGAUUUAUAGCUGGAUUCCUGGGAAUGGCAGCUGGCUUAACUAUGUUUGUAACUAUGAUGGAAUUUGGCCUAGUGGCUGGAGCUGCUGGAGCAACAGCAAAUUAUGGAUAUUUCAUCAUUUGUUUGCAAGUAUUCAUUUCAUUUGUGGUGGGCGAAUAUCAGAAUCUGACCUUACCAGUUGGCUAUCAAUUCUUCUUUUAUGGAAUCGGAGCUAUUGGAGUGUUGAUUUUCACUAAUUUAGGAUAUUAUGUGAUUAAGAAGUACAAUGUUGGUCAUGUAUUAUUCUACAUUGAUUUUGCACUGGUUCUGCUCAAUAUGAUUGCCAAUAUUGCAUAAGGUAUUGAGUAAUCUGAGAGAUUUUCAUAUCAUUCUUUGGUGUAUAACCCUCAAAGUUGUACCGCUUAAGUUUUAAGCAAAAGCUCUGUGUAAUGAGCUUUUAUUUAUUUAUUUAUUUAUUUAUUUAUUCAACACCAUGAUGUUGAAAAUAACAUAUCAUU